AUGGGCAAAUACCGACCCACAAGUCAACGCCGAGGACCUGAUACCUGGCGCCCUUCAGAUCGAACAUCCGGCCGUGGCCUUGAUAUUGGGCGGAACAAUGACCGCGAACAAAGCAGCGAUGGCGACCGUAAUCCUAUCCCUACUCGUGAAGAAUCUAGGAGACUAGGGCCUGUCAGAUCGGCCGUGACGAAGUCGACGAGGGAACGUCGAAACAACCCCUCCUCGCGAAUUCACUCGCUUCGCAACCUGCUGGCAAGGGACACCAAGCUGCCUAUGACGGUUCGUCAAGAGAAGGAACGGGAACUCGCUGCUCUGCUUCUAGACCAAAAGAAAGCCGAGGUCAUCAAAAAUGCUAGAAGUAACCUUCAACGCUAUCAUUUUGUGCGCUUCAUGGAGCGGCAGAAAGCCACAAGAGCGCUCAACAAGCUUGUCAAACUGAGAAAGUCGCCCUCGUACAAGGACGAAUACAAAACAAAGCUGGAAAAGAUGAUUCACGAGGCCGAGGUGGAUGUCGCAUACACUCAGUAUGCACCUCUGGGAGAAAAAUACAUUAGUUUGUUCGUCGGAGGUGAGAAGAAAGAAAAGGGGAUGAACAAGAAAGAUUAUGCCAUAUUGGACUCAACCCAGCGUGACGAGCUCCGGGCCUUUUCAGACGACGUGGCCCAAAUCAUUCGGUCAGCCUCCGGUACGAGACCGCCGAUGUGGUAUGAAGUUGAAAAGUACAUGGGUGAGGGCGAGGACAAACUGAAUGCUCUUCGAGAUGGGAAGUUGACGGUGCAGAAAGUGGACAAAGAGCUUGUGAGUGUUGGUGGCAAGGAACAAGCGGCUCUGCGGAAGUUGCACCAGCAUAAGACCGAGGCUAAGCCAUCAUGGCUCGACGAUGACGGUAUGAUCGAUCCAGCCGAUCUAGAUAGCGAGGAUGAACAACAAGGGGACAUUCAGAUCAAACGAAACGACGAUGAUUCAGACGGCGACGAAGACAUGGCCGAUGGCGGAUUUUUCGAACGCUGA